UUCGAUUGGCCCUGGCAGUCUGUGGUUUCUGGGGGCCCCUAGCGGACUGUUUAGGAAACAAACCAAAAGGAAGGUGGUGGUGUACAUAUCGCAGGCAGGCAGGCAGUGUGGCUCCAGGGAGAAUGACCUGUUUGCUGUAAGAUAAGACGUUUUGUUCGAACAGCAUGUCGAGUUUUUGGCAAAUAAACCAGUUUUAGUCGACGUAUCAGGGCAUAAAGGAUGGUUUGUUUCCGCUGGACUGAUAUACAGUAAUUUACGAAGCGAAGUGAGUGAAGCGAUGACGAGCUCAGGCAUGCACAAGCCACCGGUGGCCCCUAAACCAAAGCUGGUCCAACUCCAGAUAUCAGGGGCAUCUCCUGCAACCCCCAGAAGAGAUGGCCCCAUGCUCCCAUCUCCUAGUACACCAGGAAGGGUUAAACCAGUAUUGGCUCCCAAACCCUGCCUCUCCAAACUCACCACUGCUGUGGAGUCCAAACCUCUGGCUUCAAAGAGCCUGCACCAAAUAUCUGUAACAGAAAACUCUCUGACUGUAUACCUGCUCAACUCCCAGAAUGGAAUACAGCGAGAAAACAAAAAACCCGAUUGGGAUUAUAUUAUUCCUAUUUGCUUGUGUAGCCAAGAAAACUGCCAAUGCAUCAGGAGCACAUCAGCAAACAAAGACAAUAUGGAGAAAGACUUAAAAACAUUAACCAAGGAUACAACUGAAGACAAGAGAAAGCUUCUCCAUACAUCUCGAGAUACUGAAGAUUACAGUGAUGGCAGAACAGAUGACACAAAGAACCACGUGAAAAGCAGUAGUCCUCCACAAAAUGUUUGUCCCCAGCCUGCUUCUACCAACACCCACCUCACUGAUCAUAAAACUUUACAAGAAACAAUUACUUUGGACAAAAAUCUGAACACAAACAUCAGUACCUCCAGUCCGGUAGUGACCCCUAGGCCCUUUCCUCCUCACAGGACAUGGAGUGAUGAGGCAAAUGGUAACAUAAUACCAAAGAGUGCACCCGAGGAAGAUGCUCUUGGCUCAGAGAGAAUGUCUGGUGAGUCCCAACCCAAACCAGCCCAUAAGAAUCCUGUCCCUAUACCACGGAAACCCAGAACAGCUGUUCUGGCCCAUCAGAAAAAGGUGGAGGAAGAGAAGAGGGGAGAGACUGUAAGCCAGGAAAGGAAGGAAAUGAACAUCAAUAAAGAGGAGGUGUCAUCAGAGGGGAAGGGCAGCUCCUCCAUGUCUGUCAGUGUACCUGUUAGUGAAAACAAGCAGCCAGCUUUUCUGUCUGCAAGAAAAGCCUGUCCUCCACCAGCACCUCCGCCCAGGAAGAAACCUUUUCUCUCUGCACCUGAGAACGUGCCAACCUUUGCCCCUCGGGUAUUUGCAAAUGAUGUGGAAGAGGAAGACCUGGGAAUGGACAGCGACAUUUAUGAGAAGGAGAUAUCAGUUGACCAGGACAGUAGGGUGGAAAAGAAAGGAAGGGAUGAUCAGGAGACGGUCUGCAGCAACCUCACACAUUGUCUUCCUUCCAGUAGUUUGCUCACUCAGCCUCCUGGCAUCAGUGCCGCAACAGAGAAUAACAGGGCGGUCAAGGUCGAUCCAAAGAAGCCCCACCAACACAGCAGCCCGAUAUGGAUCCAGAGGAAGGAAUCUAAGGAGAAAGAAGAGGGAAAAUUAGGAGAUGGUGAGAAAAGGCAUGUUCUUCCGCUACAAGAUUGUGCUGUAAAGGAGGGCUUACAGAGAGAGCUGCCUUUGCAUACAGAUGAGAAAACAAGUAGAAACCUCAUAACAGUUGGAAACAAGUCUUCCCAGUCUACUCUGGGCAAACAGAAAGCCAGGUCAUUCUCUGGUGCUGAUGUUGUUCGCUUUGAGCAAGACAGGAGGAACUCUUUCCGAAAACUGCUGGAAUUGAAGCUCUCUGUGAAGAACCCAAUUGUAAAAGGAGGCCAGAGCCCAGACUCCACUGCAAAUGAUGAUGAGCAAAGUGUGGACAGGGACCAAGACAAAUGCCAGAACUUCCCUGCGCAUCUCCGAGAACGCAAAUUCUCCUGCCCACUGAUUGGAGUAGAACAAAGUGUAGAUGAAGAUGAGUUUUCUCAUGGAAUAGAACAAUCUGGUCACAAUGAGAGCAUCGGUAUAUAUGAGGAAAUAGACUACUUGAAUGUGCAUGUGGGAAAGGCAGAGUCAUCUAUGACCUGCCACGGUGAAAUGUAUUGUGAUGAGGGCAUUUAUGAGGAGCCUGAACCCUUUAUGUCCUUAGAGAAAACCAACAGACAGCAGCAGCAUCAGACACCAGCAGCUGGCGGCUGUUCUACCAAUGAGGAGGUGGCACCACAGGGUUAUAGCCACUCAGAUGAUGAUACUAGAGCCAACACCUCAGAUGAGGAGGAGGAUGAUUGCAUCUUCAUGUCAAGUAAAGGAGACCCUGAGCAGCCAGGGCAGAGUACGACCCAGAAUGGAAACAAGACCAAAAUUCACCACAUCGCGACAGAAAUCAUGACCUCUGAGAGUGUGUUUGUUGAUGUCCUGAAGCUGCUUCAUGUCGACUUCCGUGAUUUGGUGUCCAAGGCAUCUCGGCAGAGUGGGAGCCCUGUGAUAGAGGAGCGUCUUCUGAACCAGAUCUUGUACUACCUUCCACAGCUCUAUGAACUCAACCAUGACCUGCUCAGAGAGCUGAAGCAGAGAGUGGCACAGUGGGAUGACAAUGUGCAGCUAGCAGACAUUUUCCUGAAGAAAGGGCCCUUUCUGAAGAUGUACUCCACAUACAUCCGUGAGUUUGACAAGAAUGUGGCUCUACUGGAAGAGCAGAGCAAGAGGAAUCCAGCAUUUGGUGCUGUAGUACGACAGUUUGAGGCCAGUCCACGUUGUGCUAACUUGGCUUUGAAGCAUUACCUACUGAAGCCUGUUCAGAGGAUUCCACAGUAUCAGCUGCUGCUCACAGACUAUCUGAAAAACCUGUCGGAGGACUCGGCUGAUUACAAGGACACACAAGCUGCCCUUGCUCUAGUGAAAGAGGUUGCCAAUCAUGCCAACGACUUCAUGAAACAAGGGGACAACUUCCAGAAACUAAUCCAGGUGCAGUGCAGUCUGAAUGGCAACCAUGAAAUAGUCCAGCCUGGGCGGAUCUUCCUGAAAGAGGGACUCCUAUUGAAGCUGUCCAGGAAGAUAGUACAGCCCAGAAUGCUCUUCCUGUUUAAUGACGCAUUACUCUACACCACUCCUCUUCAGUCAGGCCAGUACAAGCUCAACAAAAUGCUGUCUCUGGCUGGGAUGAAGGUUAGCAAACCAAGCCUAGAGGCCUAUCAGAAUGAGCUCAACAUUGAAAGUGUGGAGCGCUCCUUCAUUCUCUUUGCAAGUUCAGCCAUAGAGAGAGAUGAAUGGCUUCAGGCCAUUUCCCUGGCGAUCAGUGACUACGCCAAGAGGAAGAUCAGCUUUAUACCUGGCAAGCCUUCAGAAAAGGUAGACCAGAUGGACGGCGCUUCUUUAGGCUCUAAAGCCCCUAUAUGGAUCCCUGACCUGCGGACAACCAUGUGUAUGAUUUGCUUCUCUGAUUUCACCCUGACAUGGAGGCGACACCACUGCCGAGCAUGUGGAAAGGUCGUGUGCCAGGACUGUUCUUCCAACAAACACUGUCUUGAAUACCUAAAGAAUCACUUAGCACGAGUGUGUGACGAUUGCUUCGUUAUUCUUCAGCAGCAAAAUGAAAGCUCCUCACCAGCAGCCCCAGCCCUUGGAAACAAAUCUGCUUUUUCUUUCGUCAAGAAGCACAAGAAGAUACCUGCAGCCCUCAAAGAGGUGUGUGCAAACACAGACAACUCCUCCAUGAGUGGGUAUCUGCAGAGGUCAAAGGUUAAUAAGAAGCUGGGGAAAAGGCUGUGGUUCGUGAUUAAGAACAAGGUCUUGUACACAUACGCUGCAAGUGAGGAUGUUGCAGCAUUGGAGAGUCAGCCCCUGUUAGGAUUUGUGUUGAAGGCAGAUCCAUCUCAGAAAUUACAGUUUGAGCUCUAUCACCAAAACACACUUUACUAUAUUUUUAAAGCUGAUGACGUCCAAACUGCCCAGAGAUGGAUCAACUCAUUCAAAGAAGCCACCGUGCUUUAAAGUUAUUCAACAUAUUUUUUUGCCUUUGCCUGAACAUUUUUUACCUCAGUGAAUUCUGCAAAAAACACCUGGAGACACCAUUAUUAGAUGGAUUGAACUGAAUCCAAUUAUAUUAUUUUAUUGCUUUUAUUAUAAUUUACUAUUGUUACCUUUUACAUAGUGUUAGAGAACUCCUGUGGAGGUGGUAAAUUACUUAUUUUUGUAUAUUAACAUGAAUCUUUCUCAUCAGGAUUUAUGCAAUUUUGGCCAUGAUGUAAGAAUCAUUUAACAACCACCUUUAGCUAUUUUAGACUUUUAUACUUUCAUUUUUUUUUCAGCAUUUUAAUUUCUCUGGUAACCUGUUUGAAUCUCCAUAGCACAGAUUAUUAACAAAAGCUCUUUGUCUACAAAUUUGUAAUGAAUACCAUCAUCACAAAUGGUUCACAUUUACCCAGUCAUUUUCAGAGGUCAAGACUAGUAAUAUGUUUUUUGUUGUUUGGGAAUAAUUACUUUAUUUUGCACUUGUCAAGUUGGCUAUAGAACACAACAUGCACUCAUGAUAAAGAUCAAUCUUCUACCUCACAUAGGUUUGAGUCUCACAUAGUUUUAAUGGUGUACCAGGGAAAUAUUCACUGUUUGAACAUACCAUAACUGUAUGCUAACACAACUGUACCAUACUAUGUAUUGCACUUAAAUCACUCAAAUGCCUGUACAUAUUUUAUACUCCACACACAUAUCCUGUGUAAAUAUACACAAUUGUAAACUAUACCAAAUUUCUAAGAAUCUCAUUUUUACUACUUAAAUUCUUUCACUGUAAUAAACUGUUGUUUUACUGUGCUUUUUGUUAUGAUUGGUUGUAUGAAGCAGGAACAAACAAUUGUUUUAAUAGUCAGCAAAAGAGGAAGUAAGUUGUAUAUAGGCCACUCAUGUCACUGUAACAUAUAAAACUGUAACAACCAGCAUACACACAAAGAUAAACAGCUAGUCAAACUUGGUGUAGGGGUUAAAAGUCGUAAUAGGCCUGCAAUGUGUUAAUUAGCAGUUUAUAAAUGAAUAGUGGUCCAGGUGUCCAGCAGCCCCUUUUGAGAAGGGGUUCAAGAGUUCAUUGAAGACCUAAAAAUACAGCAAAUCCUUUGGGCUAGAGAGGAUGUUCCACAAUAUCCGGAAACCCAGAGGUUGUUCUUAUUAAUGGCAUAAGAUGGAUCCCUCCUAAAUAAAACAGCUUAUAGUACCCCUAUUU